CAACACACAAACACACAAGAACUACCUGAGAGGAGAGGCUUUUCAUUGCAGUUGAACAUGGACUUCAUUGACCCCAUCCUGUCCAUUGCCUCAGAGAUCUACGCCCUGGUUGAGAAGGUGAAGGCCAAUAAGAAGUCCAGCCAGCGUGUUUGUCGCCGAGUCAAAGCCCUGGACGAGCUGGUGAGGUCCAUCAAAAAGAGGGAGCAGGGACAAACCACUGCCGACAUAGAAAAAGCCCUCAAUGAACUCUUCUUCACUCUGGAAUCGGCACAGGCGCUCAUCGAGAAAUACACUCUGGUCACCUGGGUGAAUCGCAUCCUGAAGGCCGGCAGCCACGAAGAAGAGUUCAACAGUGUGAACAAUCGCCUCAAUGACGCCUUCCAGGUUCUGUCUGGAGCUCUGCAGGUGGAGCACAGCAAUGUGCUGCACCAGGUCUUCGAGCUGACCUCCAGACAAAAAGAAGACGAGGUGGACAGGAAGGAGGACGACGCCGAGCUGAAGACACUGCUCGUGCAAUACUUGGAGGAGCAGCAGAAGAAAACGGAUGCCAUGCAGAAAGAAAUGGAAAUCCUCAAUAUCAACGUGAAUAAAAUCUUGAAUAAUCCCAGCGUCCCUUAUGAAGACAUCCGAAUGAUCAAACCACGCGAGCUGAACUACGAACAGCCCAAAACACCCUUCAUGACAACGUCAACCUCAGAGGUCUACAAAGGACGGUACCACGGAUUCACGGUGGCCGUCAAGAGAUACACUGACCCUUUGAACACCACCCCGAGUGAAUUGCAGAAGGUUUUCAAGAAGGAGGUUGACACCAUGAAGCGGUUUGAAUCGCCCAACAUCCUGCGAAUGUUUGGCAUCUGUCUCCAGGAUGAGGACGGACCCAGGCCUCAGUUCCUCAUCAUCAUGGAGUACUGUGAGAAGGGAAGUCUCCUCCAGGUUCUGGUCUCUGAAGGUAGCAGUCUGUCUUGGCACACGAAAGCUCGGAUGUGUCGGGACGCAGCGCGAGGACUCUACCGACUUCACCAGACUGAAGAAAAAUCAAAGGUUCACGGAUGCAUCAACAGCAACAAGUUCCUGGUGGCUGAAGGCUACACAGUUAAGCUGGGAGGCUUUGAGCUGGCAAAAACUGAGACGUCGCUGAGAAGGCCAACGAAGGACAAAGCGAUCAGGUCCCUGUGCUACUCCUCUCCAGAGAUGCUCCACGACAUCAACCACAUCUACAGCAAAGAGUGUGAGAUCUACAGCUUUGGAAUCGUCCUGUGGGAGGUUGCAAGCGGCAGCAGACCUUUUGAUGGUUGGUCAGACAAGGACAUCUUGGAGAAAGUGUGCAAAGGGAAAUUUAAAGAGGAGCUCCCCAACCGGGGGGACUGUCCCAAAGGACUGGUGGAUGUGAUCGACGAGUGUCGGGCCUAUGAUGGCUUCCAGAGACCAUCUGCUGGAGAGCUGGUGGAUAAACUGCAAAGCGUGGUGGCACAGUUAGAGAAGCUGUGAGCCUCUUCAUCGCUCUGCCUCUUCGUCAGCAGCACUCAGGGCUUCUGGUCACGGGCAUCCUCAGGAGAAGAGUCAUAAAACUGGCCCGUAACUUCUUUAUAAUCCACACGGAAAGUUUACACUAAAAGCCAUACUUUUGUUUUUUCAUUUAAUUAAGUUCACUGUGACUCUUGGAUAAAAAUAACCUGCAUUCUAACUUUAAAUGUUUUUUAAGAAAUUAUUGCAAGGCCAAAGCUCCUCCUGAGGUUUUAUUACUUUUUUUAGAGCUGGUAGUAAUUUCAGGAUAACAGAUGAUACUGUGAUCUCAGCGGUGCUACUUUAUUUUACAGCACUUAUCAACCACACGACAACAGGCACUCACUAAACACUCUGUUCAUUCAUGAGAAGCACAUACCUGCUAGUCAAUGGCGAAAGACGAUUUUUUUUUCUCGUCUGAAUUGAGUCGUGAAUUACACAGAUAUUGUUUGUCAUUUUAAAAGAUCAUUUUGAAAGUCAAGAAAGACUCAGUUUAUCAUAGAUUUGUCGUAGUACCGUGAAACCGCUCAGUUUACUACUUACCUCUUGUCUCGCACAAUGUACGUCACCAACAUGGCCGUUAGCUUGGCUUGCUAGCUAGCUAACUUAGCUAUGUGUUCCACGCACAAACGUAACAUUAUCUUGCACCGACUCUUUAUAUCGCCCGGGAAGAGAAAGAAUGAGUGAGAGCAGGCGACAACCUCCGGUUCUGAAAAGUGAUGUCAAAGCUUCAUGUGUUAAA